AUGCGAGUGCUAAAUUUAUCUGAUAAUAGCUUGACUGCCAGGGGCUCCAAGUCAAUUGCCGCUGUAUUACCAUUUCUGCCUAACCUAGAGAUACUUCAAAUUGAUGAUUGCCUUAUUCGUUCUGCUGGGGCUGACUACCUUUCUAGUGUUCUAGAUGACAAUGCCUGUGUGCCAAAGCUUCAGGAGCUGCACCUCUCAGGUAACGAAAUCAGUCGUGACGCAGCUGUUCGGCUGGUCCUGUCCCUGAGUACUAAGCGUCAUUUGCGAUACCUGAACCUGAAUACGAAUGAACUGGGCUCAAAAGGCAUAGAUGACGUCAUCCAAGCUAUGGCCUCUAUCGGUAUUCUACAUACAGUUUUUCGUAAUGGCAUGUUGAAAAAUGAUCAAGGUAACAUAACUAAAGAUGUGGCGCUUGAAGCAUUUGAUGACGAUCAAGGCUCUGAAUCCGAAGAAAGUGAGGACCCUGACGAAGCAGAGGGAUACGAAUCAAGAUCUGAUGAUUAUUCGGAUCUCGCAGAUGCUGAUAUUACUAAAUUAAAAGUUACCAACCAAAGUUCUUCGGCCUUUAGUUUUACGGCCACACUAGAAAUGCUGAAGCAGACUCAGGAACUAAGCAAAACUUCUAACGGACCGCGUAAUGAAUCUAAACGGAACACGGACUCACUUUUUUCAGAUGUCCCAACCCAAGGCUCGUACACAAAUCUCUUUGCUCCUCCAAAACUAACUUACCCUUCAAGUACAAGUGUGAUACCUAAGAAUGACGAAUGCGAAAUUACUACGGCGCUCGUCGAUUGUUUGUCUUCAGAGUCUGGUACUCUGAUUGCAUUUGUGAGGCUGGCAAGUAAGCUUUUCAUUGAUGUUGCUCUCAAUUUUUAA